UAGCGGCGAAUGGUAAGUCCAGUCGUUUGCUCGCCAUGGAUCAUGCUACAGCUGAAAAGGCCGAGAAAGCCUUAUUUGAAUUGGAGGAGUUGAAGCUCCGUUUGGCUGCUGGCCGGUGCAACGACGAGCGUUCAGUGGACGCCACCACUUCCUGCACUGCGGCGCUGCCGUUAGGGCUCAGGGCACCAGAGAAACCGGUGGAUGCGGCGUCAUUGGAAUUGCUUCGACGGCGGGUGUUGGAGCUGGAGACAGCAUUGCAGCUAGCAACCCUGCGAGCGGCCCCUGAAAGUGGGCAGGCCCACACCCCUGACCCGGCUCUGCUGCAGCGAAUCUCUGCAGCUGUGCCUUCUGGCAGCACCGGAACGGCAAAACAGCCGCCCGGGCCAGCGAUCUUCAGCUAUUUGACCGAAAAAUUGGACGAGAGCCUUGAAGAUCGGCGACGUUUCUUUGAGCGUUACCUGGUAGUUCGUGAGCUGGCUCUUGCUCGCUCACAAAAAGAGUCAACUCUGCCACUUCUGGCCGAUGCCUCGCGUUCUUUGCGCGACGGACGGGCGCCGCCGUCACAGGUGCUGGCCGAGUUAGAAAAAGCUUGGUUGCCCAGUGACAAGGCCCUUUUGGAGGCCCGAGUCUGGCGCGCGCGGGGUCGGCAUCAACGACUCUUCAUGGAGCUGCGGCAAAAGGAGCUGCAAGCAGAAGAACUGCUGCGGCGCUGUGAGCUCAGUCGUCAACUAGAUGCCCCUCGAAUGGAGCUAUUGCACCUACUUGGUGCGCCCAAGUGGCGCUGGCGACAGGCCAGACAGACAGCUGAAUCACCCAGAUGACCAAGAAGGCUUCAAAGGGUGGUACACAGUGGCGACAUGUGUGUGCCGUUGAAAAUGCCGGGAGGAACUGGGAAAA